UGUAUAUAUAUUCUGUUAGAUUACCAUUAUUUCUGUCUCUGGAUAUAGAGUAUGGAAGAGAGACAGAGAGAGAUUCAUACACACACACGAGAGAGAGAGAAGAGAAAAAAUGUUGGCCUUGAAAUAAGAAAAACUUAAAAUUCAAAUUCUGCCAGAAUUGGCCAAAAAUAGGCCAUUUGUGCUUCAGCAACUUCCUAGGAUUUACCUAUUUUCUUUUGCCUAAGGACAUUGAAGGGAUUUGUGAUAAGGUCACACUGUUGGCAUUGGCUGGACUUCUUUAUAACUUUAAGACAGCUUAUUAUCUGCUAUGCCUGGCUUUCUCUGAUGAAUAUUCACAUGGUCUUUGAAUAUUCCUGUAUAUAGAAUUGUAAUUGUCCUUUUUAGAACAUUCUCUUUGUCUAAAUAAGGUUUUUUGAGGUAACACUUCAGAGUGUUUAAUUUGUAGGUAUUGUGCUGUUCUUAGGUGAAAUACUUAAAAAAAUUUCUGGUAAAUACCCAAUUCAUAUCUGCAUAACACCUAAAGUCCUAUGAUUAAACAGUUGUGUUUGCUCAGUGCUACGCUGUGCCUUGGUCUACCUACAAACCCACGAAAUAAGCCAGGUGUUUUCUGUGAGGAGUCAUUAAAGAGCUGUGCCUCAAAAGAGCCAAUGAGAAACUGCCACUAAUUUUAGUCAUCAGAGAAAUUUUCCAUAUCCAUGCAAAGAAUCGAUCCAUCAGGGUCUCCAUCUGACCUGGUCGAUGAUUAUAUUUGUUAAAAUAAAAGCAAAAAUAAAUCUCUAAGUUAGGAAAUUUAAAUUCCUAGAAUCAAGUGGCUUGUAGAAAUUUUUCACUCUAGCUUUCCUUAUGGUACUUUGUCAUAUUUGGGGAUAGGAUUUGUGGAUUUUUUUCUUAAAAAAGAGAGUGGUGAAAAGAACAUCCUGAUUAAAGAUCAUCAGAAAUUUCAUGCAAGUUUCUGGAAUGCCGCUAUUAAAAGUACCAUUUAAAAAACAGACAAAAGUUGUAUUUGAAGAUGAUGAAAGUGGACCUAACACUAGAGCCCUAACUAGGGCUAGGAAAGAACAAGAGAGACAUUUGCAAGCAAACAACAAAGAAUUUAAUGAAAAAUUUGAAUAUGUGAACAAUGCCAUCAGGACAUCAAAAUACAAUUUCUUCACAUUUCUGCCCUUGAAUCUAUUCGAACAAUUUCAGAGAGUAGCAAAUGCAUAUUUCCUCUUCUUGCUGGUCCUACAGCUCAUUCCACAGGUAUCAUCUUUGUCUUGGUAUACAACAGUGGUUCCUCUGGUAUUAGUACUCUCAAUGACAGGAGUGAAGGAUGCCAUUGAUGACAUGUAUCGGCACGAAAGUGAUAAACAACUCAACAAUCAACCUGUUCUGGUGUUAGUAAAUGGCAUGAUAAAGGAAGAAAAGUGGAUGAACAUCAAAGUGGGGGAUAUAAUAAAACUACAAAAUAACGACUCUGUCACAGCUGAUGUGCUGUUACUCUCCAGCAGUGAACCCUGUAGUCUGACCUACAUAGAAACUGCAGAGUUAGAUGGGGAAACCAACUUGAAAGUAAGGCAAGCCCUGACUGUUACCAGCAACCUAGGAGACAACCUAGAGAAACUCAACACUUUUAAAGGUGAAGUCAGGUGUGAGCCUCCCAAUAACAAACUAGAUGAAUUCAAAGGGAUAUUGAUCUACGAAAAUGAAAAGUAUCCCUUGGACAAUGAGAAGAUGUUGCUAAGAGGCUGCACCAUCCGGAACACAGACUGGUGCUAUGGCCUUGUGAUUUAUGCUGGUCAUGACACCAAAUUAAUGCAAAACAGUGGAAAGACCAUCUUUAAACGGACAAACAUAGAUCAUCUCAUGAAUGUCCUUGUGUUCUGGAUUUUCCUGUUCUUAGCUGGCAUGUGUUGUAUCCUGGCAAUUGGGCAUGGAAUUUGGGAUAACCAGAAGGGUUAUUACUUCCAGAUCUAUCUGCCUCAAAAAGAGAAAUUCAGUGCCCCAGGUGUUUCUACCUUCCUCAUAUUCUGGUCAUAUCUCAUCAUUCUCAACACUGUGGUGCCAAUUUCCCUCUAUGUCAGUGUAGAGAUAAUACGAUUGGGCAACAGCUUCUAUAUCAACUGGGACCGAAAAAUGUUUUACAUCCCAUAUAACACACCAGCCCAGGCCCAUACCACAACUCUGAAUGAGGAACUAGGCCAGAUCCAAUAUGUGUUCUCUGACAAGACGGGGACACUGACUCAGAAUAUCAUGGUUUUCAUCAAGUGUUCCAUUAAUGGGCGGUCAUACGGUGAUGUCUACGAUAUGACUGGACAAAAGAUGGAAAUCACAGAGGAAACAGAGAAGGUUGACUUCUCCUACAAUAAACUGGCUGACCCCAAGUUUUCAUUUUAUGACAAGAGUUUGGCAGAAGCAGUAAAAAAAGGAGAUAUAAUGGUCCACCUUUUUUUUCUCUCCCUCUCGCUCUGUCACACAGUGAUGUCAGAAGAGAAAGAGGAAGGAGAACUCGUAUAUCAGGCACAGUCUCCUGAUGAAGAAGCUCUUGUCACUGCUGCCAGAAAUUUUGGCUUUGUGUUUCACUCUCGAACAUCUGAAACAAUCACUGUAAUAGAAAUGGGGGUCACAAAAGUCUAUAAACUCCUAGCUAUUCUGGACUUCAACAAUGUACGAAAACGGAUGUCUGUGAUUGUACAGACACCCAAAGGUAAGGUGAUUUUGUUCUGCAAGGGAGCUGACACCAUCAUCUGGGAAUUGCUCCACUCAACCUGCAGAUUCCUUCAGGAUGUGACCAUGGAACACUUGGAUGAAUUUGCCGGGGAUGGCUUGCGUACCCUUGCUGUGGCCUUCCGAGAACUGGAUGAAGAAACAUUCCAAAGGUGGAGCCGAAAACACUAUGAAGCCAGCAUUUCCCUUGAAGAUCGGGAGGAAAAGUUAGGACUAGUCUAUGAAGAAAUUGAAAAAGACAUGAUGCUUUUAGGGGCCACAGCCAUUGAAGAUAAGUUACAAGAUGGAGUGCCUGAGACAAUAACCAUUCUGAGCAAAGCAAAUAUUAACUUGUGGGUUUUGACUGGAGACAAGCAAGAGACUGCAGUGAAUAUUGCCUAUGCUUGCAAUAUGCUAAGCGAUGAUAUGGAUGAUGUGUUCAUUAUAAAUGCCAAGGACAGUAGCAUGGUCCUGCAGGAACUCAGGUCAGCAAGAAAUAAGAUGAAACCUGGCUCUUUACUGGAGACAGACCCAGUAACUGCCUUCUUAACCCGCGCAAAAAGGAAGAACUUCAUCAUGCCUGAAGAAGUGGCCACUGGUAGCUUUGGCCUAGUCAUCAAUGGCCACAGUCUGGCUCAUGCCCUAGAGAAGAACAUGGAGGUGGAACUGCUCAGAAUAGCAUGUAUGUGCAAAUCAGUGAUCUGUUGUCGUGUGACGCCUCUGCAGAAGGCCCAAGUGGUAGAACUAGUGAAGAAAUACAAGCAGGUGGUGACACUAGCCAUUGGUGACGGAGCCAACGACGUCAGUAUGAUCAAAGCUGCCCACAUUGGGGUAGGCCUCAGUGGCCAGGAGGGGAUGCAAGCCGUUCUUGCCAGUGACUUCUCCUUUGCCCAGUUCCGCUUUCUGCAGCGCCUGCUCUUGGUCCAUGGUCGGUGGUCCUAUUUACGAAUGUGCAAAUUCCUCCGCUAUUUCUUCUACAAGAACUUUGCCUUCACACUGGUGCAUUUCUGGUAUGGCUUCUUCUCCGGCUUCUCUGCACAGACGAUCUAUGAUGAGUGGUUUAUAGCUUUUUACAACUUGGUCUACACAUCUCUCCCUGUCCUGGCCAUGACCCUUUUUGACCAGGAUGUGAAUGAUUUGUGGAGCCUUCGAUUCCCUGAGCUAUAUGAACCAGGCCAAUACAACCUCUACUUCAACAAGAAGGAAUUUGUGAAGUGUAUAAUUUAUGGCAUCUACAGCUCCUUGGUGUUGUUCUUCGUCCCCUAUGGGUCUACUUAUAACUCAGUGCAAAGCAGUGGGAAGGACAUCUCUGACUACCAGUCUUUUGCCCUAAUAGUGCAGACCUCUUUGCUCGUGGUGGCAACUGUGCAGGUGGGCCUGGAGACAGCCUACUGGACAACUGUGAACCAAUUCUUCAUUUGGGGCAGCCUGAUCUUAUACUUCAGCCUCAUGUUCCUCCUUUAUAGUGAUGGCCUGUGUCUGCUCUUCCCUCACACCUUCCGAUUCUUGGGCACAGCUCGGAACAGUCUGAUCCAGCCUCAAGUGUGGCUGACGAUCCUUCUCACUGUGGUCCUUUGCGUGCUGCCCGUGGCUGUGUACAGAUUCCUCCAGAUGGAGCUUUUGCCCACCAAAGUUGACAAGGUUCUCAGAAAGAUCCAUGAAUGCAUGAAGUACCCUCUGCCACCGCCACCCCGGGUAAGAUUGAGACGCACAAGUUCACGACGCUCCGCCUAUGCCUUUGCCCACCAGUAUGGCUUUGGGGCACUCAUCACUUCGGGAAAGAACAUGAAAUCAAGGGCAAAGUUUGGCUUUGGUGAUAACUUUUCUUCCUAUAAAUGAAAUCUCCUUGGGAUCACUAGGACACCCCCCCAACUCUUAUCCAUGCACCUGAUUUGGGAGGGAAGGCUCAGUCUCUAGGAAACCUGCCAACAGAAGAAUGCCCUUUCUCCUCAGCCUCUUCACUUCUCAGCAAUUAGGGAAGGGGGCUCCGACUAUCCAACCCAAAUGUCUGAGGUAGAGACCCAGGCAGGAGUGGCCGGAUGCCUUUGCCCCCCACCCCCUUCCCACUCCCCCCCAAAAAACUACCUGAAAGAGAAGCACUGAGUUAUUGAAGAAGGUCAACUGGCAGAUCAAAUAUGAGCAAGUUGAUGCCAUCCCUAGCCAAGCCCAGAAUCUUAGGAAGAAAGAUGAAAAGUCUUAGUAUGAGGCCUCUGAGAAGAAAAGCCUCCUCCUGAGUAAUUGAUUUGUCUACUUUAGCAUGAGGAGGGAAAUUAAAUACCUCAUUCAGUAUCCCCUACAGUCCCAUAGUAACAUAACUACCUUCCUCUUCUCCAGGUGAUCCCUGCCCCACUUCUCUCCAAGUCCCACAUCACUAUAAACCUCCCUCUUUCCCCAAAAUUCUGGACUUAACCCUACCAUGCCUCUCUCUGGGAACAACUUGAAGAGUUCUGUGGCACUAAGAGGCAAAGCCUGGCUCUUCUGGAGGCGUACCAUAUGAGCUAAUGCGGCCCCUUAGGGUUUGUCUCUUAUGAAUUGGGGAGGGGCAUUAUUUCUUUUGGGGUGCAUAGCAGAAGAGGGAGAUAGCUGUUUGAUCCCUUGCAUCCUAAAGAUCUCUGGGAAUUGGAAGUGAAGCUGAUUUGGUAAGGUGACUGUUGAAAUUUGGGCCAUAGAGCUGGCUAGAAUGGAGAGAGCCCUCCCAUGAAGCCAUUUUCAACUCUUAUUUCUUGGGAGAGAUGAGAAGUCAAUGUGUGUUGUGCACUGUUGUCUUCAGUAAAAUUAUUUUCACAGGAAAUUAUA